AUGUGGGGCAACUUUGUGGAGAAUCUGGGUCUCAAAGAGGGCUUCGCCGAGUUCAAGGAGCAGUUCAACAAGGAUGCAAAAACCACCAUCGCGAACACGCAGUUUGCGAAGGAGAGGGGCAUCGACCUGGCCAAGCUCGACCAGUGGGAGCAGCACCUGCAGGAGCAGGCGAUCAACAAGACCGCUGAGCUCCACGAGCGCACCAUUGGCCGGGCUGUGGACACAUUGGCACAGGAUGACACCAUUGCGCAGCUGCUUGAGCUGAAGAGUGAGGCCCGAGAGGCCGCUGAGGAGGCCGUUCCUUCAUUCGGGAUGGCCCUGGCUGCCCCCCAGGAAGAAAGGGGCGAUGGAAGCGGAGGAGCGCUAGAGGAGGCUGAGCUUGCUGGCGCGCAUCUCUCCCCAGCUGAGCAACGCGAGCCUGAGACAUCGCCCCAGGUUAGCCCAGCGCCUGAGCGAGCCACAGCAGCGUUGGCGGCUGGCCGAGCGGCUGUUGCGAGGGCGCCAGAGAGGAUACGGCAGGCUGAGCUCCUGGAGUUGAAAUCCAGCCGCGAUGAGGCGUUUGCCCACAUUGCCGAGCUGGAGGGCCGCCUGGCUGAGCUCUCGGGCCUCUCGGAUGACGCCCUUGGCCAAGCAGACGAGGCGAAGCUGCAGGCUCUAUUGCUGCGGCGUGCUGUGGAGGAGAAAGACUCUGCCAUGGUGCAAGCCAUGGAGGUGCAGAGGAAACUGGAGGAGCAGCUGGGGCUCUCACAAAAGAAGUUGGAAGACCUCGAGGCCAGCUUCGUCGAGCGCCUGAAGCGCGAGGUAAGCCAGAAGGAGCAAGAGCUCCUUGACGAGGUGGCGUACUUGCGAAAGGCCGGCGAGGCCAAAGAGCGCCGCGUGCAGGACCUCCAGGCGGAAAAAACUGCCAUGGAGCGCCGCCUGCUGGUGAAAGCAAGCGCUGGGGUGUCUGAUGCAGGAGACCUUAUGUUAGAGGCUCACACUGCUAUUGCCAGAGCUUUUGGCGAUAUGUCCAUGCAGCAUCCUUGUCUCCGUCUCCUGGAUGAGCCAAUUCUGAAGCUCAUGGCCCUGCUUUUCCAGCAGCCGCUUUUCAGGCGAAUGUUUUUCGGCGCCACUGCGAUGCUAUGGGUCUACGCUCUGACGCUUUCAUUGACGGGUAGCUCCGAAGCUGUGCACGUGUGA